AAGAGAAGAGAAGAGAAGAGAAUAACAGUGUAUUGGGUUGGGGUGGGCUUAGUUGAUUGGACCGAACAAAGUAAAGAAAAGAGAAGAGUCCAUUAUGCAUAGCAGCAGCUCAGUGUUCUCCGUGCCCAGCGCCAAGCUCCCUUCGCAUCCUCCUACGCUACGCAUCAGCGCACUCUUCUCCGCUCCCACCACCACCGGCACCGAUUCCAAUUCCAUGGCUGCUUCUCCCAAGUGGGCCCAGAAGACCAUAACUCUGCCUCCCCUCCGCCGUGGCUGUCACCUCAUCACCCCUAAGAUUACCAAAGAAUUAGGCGAUGACUUAUCCCAGUUCAAUUGUGGUCUGGCUCAUCUAUUCUUGCAGCACACAAGUGCUUCUCUGACCAUCAAUGAGAACUACGACUCUGAUGUUAGGGAUGACACUGAGACAUUCCUUAACAAGAUAGUCCCUGAGGGAAAUUCAGCUCCUUGGAAACAUACAAUGGAAGGUGCGGAUGACAUGCCUGCCCACAUUAAGUCUUCCAUGUUUGGUUGUCAACUAACGAUCCCAAUUACCAACGGCAAGUUUAACAUGGGAACUUGGCAGGGAAUAUGGCUGUGUGAGCACCGUGACUACCCUACUGCACGCAAAGUGGUGGUCACCCUGAAUGGAAUAUGAGAAUCUGUGAUUUGUUUGUUGCUGUGCUGACCCUGCUGGGGGUAUUAAUUAUGCUCUUUUGGUUUCUCAUAAAACUAGUACUUGUUAAUGGACUAUUAUUGCUCCACUCUCUUAUAUUAUCUUAAAUCCAUAGAUAUUGUAUUUACAGUUUGUAUUUACUUAAUAUUUUAACCAAUAAGUAAGUACUACUCUCGAGUUAUGUUUGGUGGAUACUGUUGGACAAUAUGGGAAAAGUGUGAAUGAGCAUCAGACCAAAUAUUGUGAUGUUCUUGUUGUACUUGUUUAUAACACCCAUUGAAAUCCGCCAUCUUUUGAUU